GUCUCCAUCCCCUGUGAGGAGAAGAAAAGAGGGAUGCUGGAGGUGUUGUGUACUGGUCAGCAACAGCAGCACAGCGGCAGAGCCGACCCAUGUCAAGUAGGUACAUCGAGCCGGUGUCCUUCAAGAUGUCUUGCGGCGGUCAGGGUGCCGCUGCUGCUGCUGCUUAUCGCAUUCGCUUUGAGGAAGUUGAGGAGCGGUAGUGGGCAAGGUUGGAUUGCUCCGGGCUCUUCGAUACUGCUGCUAUCGCGGGUCGGGAGAAGAAGCGGUGCGGUGGCGGUGCGGUGGAGAGCACCGGUGCUCUCGGUAUGUCUCCUGACCGCCCCAGGUUCGGUGUAGGCGUAGGCGGCCUGACGUCACCCGUGCGGGGCCUUGACGCUGCGGUCUUUGUGGUCGGCUUGGUGGGGCUCUCUCUGCUACCGUACCCACUAUCGCCACCAGCAACACCACCAACAGCGGCGAGGGUUAGCACUGUAAUGCCUGUCGGCAGGCGGCGGCAGUACGAGGACGGCGGUGUUUUCGCAACCUUCCAUGGCGGCCGCUUCGUCCACGACUCCUGUUUCAGCUGCAACAAAGGUCGAGGUUGCGGCUGGCGCGAAGAAGAAGAAGAGCAAGCCUGCAACCGCCAAGUUGGAGGGUUCCAAGGGAGCCCUGGUGAUGUGAUCGUGGAGUCCCCGGCUAAGACUAGGACAAUCACGGAGCUCCUCGAGAAGGCCGCCGCUGGCGGCGAGGCGGCGGUGGAGGGGAGCUGUACGAAGGUCGCACCGUAGACGCCCGCAACGGUGACGUGACGGACCUGGUCGGCAAGAGAAGGGAUGUGCUGGUCGAGCUGAAGGAGAAGACCAAGAAGGAGAAGACCAAGGGCUGGGAUGUGAAGUAGCGGCGAUGGUACGGUGGUGGUGAUGGUGGUGGGCACGCUUGUGGCGCGAGGAGUAUAUGUUCAGUAUAUGAAGCAGGCCGGGGGCUAAGUUGUUGUUGGUGAACGUGGAAUAGGUUGUUGUUGUCUGGCCUCGAGAACGAAUUGCAGCCGCUGUACAUCCAGAACCCCAAGAAGAAGGCGAUCACCACCCGGCUCAAGAAGGCCCCGGCGAAGUCGACGAGGUAAUCCUGCAGUACCACCGACGAGGACCGAGAGGGGGAGGCCAUCAGCUGGCAAUUGUUGCAGGUGCUCCGUGCUGGUUCUUUGUUUUUUGUCUUUGCAUGGUUCAGGCGUCGCUGUUGUUGUUGUUGUUGUUGAUUCGCGCAACGGUUGUUGCUGGCCUUGCUGUUGUCGAUUGCUGUUGUGGUCAUUGUCUGUUGCCGUCGUUGUCUUUGUUGUUUUGUUUGUGUCGUGCUUUCGUUGUUGUUGCUGUCGUUGUUUGGUGUUUCAUCCCGGCUGGCUUCUCUCGGUGCCCUUUUCCUCGCCCCGGGCAGGACCAAAGCUGACCCCGGCCAUUUGUCGCGUGUGGUGCUCACCGGGCAACUGUUGUUCUCGCUUUGUGCCCGUCAGCUCGGAGGUCGUGUGCUUCCUUUAAGUCGUUGCGGUGUGUUGUGUUUGGUAGGUUGUUUGUUCUUGGUAGCAACGAACAGUCAAGUUGAACGUGCACAUGCUGUGGAUGCGCGCCCUGAACAAACUUUUUUUUUGGGGGGGGGAUGUGGGUGUUUCGAUGCCCGAUUGGUGGAGGUGGGGUCUACGGCCGUUGUGACGGGCAAAGACUUCGAUCCAGACACGGGGGAGAUGAAGGACAAGCUCGACGCCUCCAAGCUCGAUCUUCUCGAUUCGGAGGAAGCGUCGGCCGUGGCGGCGUAACUGUCGCCCCUCGAGGUGGUCAAGGUCGACAAGAGAUGGGUCAGGCGGCAGCCCCCGGCGCCCUUCAACACGUCCACGCUGCACCAGGAGUCGAGCCGAAAGCUACGGCCGGGAGUGGAUCAGACCAUGAAGGCGGCGAACGCGCUGUACACUAGAAGUAUGAGGCGGGGUACAUGACCAUCACCUACAUGCGCACGGACAGAUCCAGCCUGAGCAAGGAGGCCGCCGGGGUGGCUUACGGUGCAGUGAGAGACUGCUUCGGCGACGAGUACGUGCGGAAGGGGACGCCAAGGCUGUCAAGGUCAAGGGCAGCCAAGAGGCGCACGAGGCCAUCCGCCCUGCCCUACAAGUAAUCGGCGCAGUACCGGCCGCGACCGACACUCCCGACUGAAAGCAAGCGGGGUCAUGGGCUGGAUCAGCCUCCGCUAGUUUUACUACGAUCACCGCGGGGAGGUUGUUGCACCCUACGGUACGGAGCUCCCCGUGGAGGAGGCGGCGGCCGCGGCUUGGAGGAGCAGCGCAGGGCGCUGUACGACCUGGUGUACCGACGGACGCUGGCCAGCACC